CAUGCGCUUAUUAAAAUAAUUCACUCUGUAUAUAAUAUAUAUAUAUAUAUAUAUAUAUAUCAAAUUUUAUAAUGUUGAUUAUGACUUUAAUACUCUGAUUUUGUAGGAUACGCACAAACAUUUCUAGUGUGUACAUACAUGGAAAAAAUGAUAAGCAUAAGGUAUCAUACACAUACAGUACAUGUACAUGUAUUGUUUCGCAUUUAUAAUUUUCAAACGUCUUGAUUUUCUCUUGAAUCACGUCCUAAAUAAUAAAUAUUUCAUUACUUUGAGUUUAGAAUCUGUCAAACUCCGACGAAUGUAAUGUAAUCGUUCUAGUUUCAAUAGAAAAUAUUAAUUGUAAACGAAGUUAUUCAAUAAAAUGAAAAUGGGUGCCAUAUUAUUCUUUUCUCCUCUAAUAAUUUAGAACGAUGGACGUUGCGCCAAUAUUACAAUAUUUGUUAUCUUUUAAAGUUACAACGUGUCCCAUUAUACAAAAUCGUUAUUGGCAAAGAAAAAAACUUUAUUGCAACAUGUUGCGAAAAUUUGUCGAAAUCGGCGAGGGAAGAAGGGAUGAUACGUGGAGUGGUUGCGCGACUUUUCUGACUCUCCUCAUUCGCGAGACCGUUCAGUGAUCAUCAGGGACUCUGAGAAGGCCGGAAUUCGCAAAGAAAGCAUAUAUCGCGCUCAUCGUUCCACUUCGUAAAAUGCGACAAUCGAAUUCGCUCGUGAACGGAUAUCUCGUGGAAUUUUUGAAAAUUUGAUCAGCCUGCUUGAGGCGUCGAGGCGUCGAGGCUCGAAUCGAGCGGCGGCUACGGCGACGACCAACACGGGCGUGCGAGCGCGCUUGCGUACGCCCGUGACUACGCGCGCGAAAUUGCCCACUCUUGCAGCUGCCAUUGAGGAGGAGGUGAAAGCAAAAAUUGAAGAAAUUCGACGAAUACUCAAAAAGAAUUACACGCGACACAUCGUCGGCGGCAAAAAAAUUUGGUGACAGACUAGAUUGGAUCGUAACGAAAGAAGCUGUCGAAAUUACGGAAUAAUUUAAUCGAACAAGGUUGAAGUUAUGAUCGAUGCUAAUGGGGUGAACGACUACAAAAAGGCGGGGGUUUUAUGGCAGAAAAUUCCUACUGACCGAAAUGAACAUCUGUGUAUUUAUGGAUUCGAGAAGAGUUUGCUAAGGACCACUUUGAUAUAUGUAACGUACAUAUUGUCUAUCGGAUUGGUACGGUUAUUGUUUCAUUGGUAUCCUCGACUACAUUUGUACGCGACUCAUCAAAAAUGUGCUUUGAGUUGUGCGACGAAAAUACUCGCGAUAGAUGAUUAUCAAGGAUACAAGUCGUACUUUGUACGAAAUGUCCGGAAAAUUUCUACUAAAAAUAUAAGUGAAAAAAGUUUGUUGAACACUUUGGGUACCGUUGACCAAGAUCUCUUGGAGAAAAUCAAGGACAAAAGAUUAAAAAUUACUUUAGAGAAUGGCACGCGUUGCGAGGUUUACGAAUACAAGGCUUUUUGGUGUAAAAAAAAAUGUUACAUCUGGGACACUACGAAAAAUGUAUUCUCAAAACUUGUAGGAAUUGACAAUGAUACAAUGUGUUCCGAUCUCCACGUCUCGCGCAGUAAUGGCUUGUCCAAGGAAGAACAAUUACUUAGGCGCAUCGUUUAUGGAAACAACGACAUUGUUGUCCCGUUUCAAAGUAUCGGCGUGUUACUGCUGCUUGAAGUUUUAAACCCAUUCUAUGUUUUUCAAGUGUUUACUCUAUCCGUAUGGUUCGCGGAUAGCUAUCUGUAUUAUCCUAUCGCUAUAAUACUAAUGUCACUAUUUGGCAUCACAAGCUCUAUAGUGCAAACGCGUAAAAACCAAAUAAAUCUGCGUGGUACCGUCGCAUCGUCAGAAAGUGUAUGUGUACUUCGCGACACUGGUAUUUUCGAAAGUAUCUCUAGUAAGGAAUUGGUGCCCGGUGAUGUCAUACAAUUACCGAAACAUCAAAUGACUCUCGUGUGCGACGCGGUUCUAUUAACUGGACAGUGUAUAUUAAAUGAAUCCAUGUUAACGGGCGAGUCUGUACCUGUAAUGAAAACAUCAUUACCAUUACGCCAUGCAUUGUACGAUACUAAAGAACAUACGUAUCACACGUUGUACAGCGGUACUACUGUAAUACAAACCAAAUAUCACGCGGACGAUCAACCGGUUCUCGCGAGGGUAAUUAGAACUGGUUUUACAACUAACAGAGGUGCUCUGAUCGCCGCUAUACUAUAUCCACCUCCAGCGGAUUUCAAAUUUGACAAAGAUUCAUAUAAAUUUAUUGGAAUUUUGGCAUUUAUCGCAACUUGUGGCUUCAUAUAUGCCGUAAUAAUCAAGGUCUCUCAUGGAAGUACAGCUGACAUUGUAGCGAUAAAAGCAUUAGAUCUCAUUACGAUAGUCAUACCGCCGGCAUUACCAGCCGCGAUGACCGUAGGAAAGCUAUAUGCUCAAACGAGAUUGAAACGUGCGCAAAUCUACUGUAUUAAUAAUAGGGUGAUAAAUGUUUCCGGCAGCAUAAAUUGCAUAUGUUUUGAUAAGACGGGAACGUUAACCGAAGAUGGAUUGGACAUGUGUGGCGUUGUGGCAUGUACAAACGGCAUUUUUGCCCAAGUCGAAACGGAUGUAUCCAAACUCAAAGAUCAUCCUCUUUUCGAAGGGAUGCUAGUUUGUCACAGUUUAGUACUUAUCGAUGGACAACUUUGCGGAGAUCCUUUAGACGUAAAGAUGUUUGAAAGUACCAAAUGGAUAUUGAAAGAUUCGGAUUGCAUGCACGUAGAUAAACAUAAUUCAGUAUCACCAAUUGUCGUAAGGCCACCGGCAGAAAACACGAACUUGACGAAAAAUAUGAAUGAAAUCACGGAGAUUGGUAUAAUACAGCAAUAUCAGUUCUCGAGUGAUUUACAAAGAAUGUCCGUGAUCGUGAGUGCAUCAGGAUCGGAUGAUUUCAGAGCUUACACGAAAGGUUCCCCCGAGAUGAUAAUCAAUCUAAGCAAGCCGGAAACUGUACCAAAGGACAUUUCGCUCGUUUUAGAGCGAUACACCAGACAGGGAUUUCGCGUGAUAGCCUUGGGCCGCAGAGCGACAAUUUCCAAAAGUGCACAGAUAUCAAAACUGCCUCGAGAGACGGUUGAACGAGACUUGGAGUUCUUGGGACUAGUCAUUCUGGAAAAUCGAUUAAAGCGACCGACGACACCAGUGAUUACGGAAUUAAGGGAAGCUAACAUACGCGUGAUGAUGAUUACAGGAGAUAAUAUUCAGACCGCGGUAAGUGUUGCGAGAGAAUGCGGAAUACUUUCGAACGAAGAAUACAUCGUAGACGUGGUGGCCGUAGCCUCAAAUGAGGGAAAAGAUCGUCCAGAGAUCAUUUUCAACGUUCAAUCUCGAUCUCCAAGAUUGAGCAGCUCGCAAGCUCAUCACUCGGUGUCACCAACGAUUAAAGAUGUAGAAUACGGUAUAGCCAAUUGCAAUUAUAGAUUUGCUCUAACGGGUCAAACGUGGCAAGUGAUGCGAGAGUAUUAUCCCGAUCUCGUAGAUCGCAUUUGCGUACGCAGUGCGGUAUUUGCCAGAAUGAACAGCGAUCAGAAACAGCAGUUGGUUGUGGAGUUGAUGCGACUCGGUUAUUACGUAGCUAUGUGCGGAGAUGGCGCUAACGAUUGCGGAGCGUUGAGGGCUGCGAACGUUGGUAUAUCGCUCUCCAAAGCAGAAUCCAGCGUGGCCAGUCCCUUUACCUCGAAAGUACCCGAUAUAAGCUGCGUCCCAAAGAUAAUACGGGAAGGACGCGCUGCUCUAGUUACAUCGUUUGGAAUUUUUAAAUUUAUGAUCGCAUAUUCCCUUACCGAGUUUUUGUCCGUCAUAAUAUUGUACUCCAUAAACUCGAACUUGACGGAUUUACAAUUUCUCUUUAUCGAUAUCUUUUUAAUCAUCAACUUUGCCUUUUUCUUCGGCAAGACUCACGCAUCUAAAGACAAGUUAUCCAAGACAACACCCAUGACAAGUCUGCUAAGCUUCACUCCGCUCUUAUCUCUAGCGGCAUACAUGUUAGUCACGAUCGUAUUUCAAGCUACGGCGUUUUACGUCGUUCAGCGAUUUUCAUGGUACACGCGGUUAAAUCUUCUCACCAAAGACACCGAAAAUAAUACGUGUUACGAAAACUAUUCGGUCUUUUGCGUCUCUAUGUUUCAAUACAUUACGAUGGCGAUUAUAUUUUCACGCGGAAAGCCCUACAGACGUGCAAUCUAUACGAACGUAGCAUUUAUGUUCUCCAUACUUUUAUUAACGGCCAUAUGCAUAUAUAUUACGAUUUAUCCCGCGAAAUGGAUAGUGAGCGUGUUGAAAUUGAUCUUACCACCUGACUACGUCUGGAGAUGCGUUAUUUUAGCGCUCGCUCUAGUAAACUUUCUCAUUUGCUUCUUCAUCGAGAACUUCGUAAUAGAGCGCCUUAUUGAAAAUACCUUGAAGAGAAAAUUAUACAAACCAGAAAAAUCCAAAAAACGAUAUUUAAAGAUAGAAUGCGAAUUGAAGAAUUGCGAAAAUUGGCCGAAAUUUAAGCAACAAUCACCAAUACUAUCUAUCCUGCAAAAAGACGUACAAAAUGUUACAUAUUGUAAUAGCCAUUGUCGCCGCAUCGAUGUUAUUUCGGACGAUCAAACGGCGAAAAAUUUUUCCAAUUUGAGCAAGUUGAACGAACGAACCAGGGAAAACCAACAAGGAUUUGAAAAUUUUGGUUUUACGAAUGAUAAAGUAUAGUGUUGGAGAAAUAUGUAUAAUACAUAUGUAUUUACAAAUUAUUUUUUCAAAAAAGACCAUUGUGUUCGUUAUUACGACUCGGUAUUGGUGCAGAAAAGUAUCCAAUAUCUAAUAUACAUAAUAUAAAAUGUGUAUGAGUACGAGGGAAGAGUAAAUCUGUAGUAUUUAUGUAAAUAUAAUAAUUUAACUGCGUAUACGCUAACGUUAUAUAUAUAUAUAUAUAUAUAUAUAGUAUAAAUACUGAUGUGACCAAAGCACGUUUUCUCUCUUAUUACUGCAACAUAUGCUUAUCUUGGCAAUACAAAUUACAUUUCCUAAUGCAAGAGUACAACUUCGACGAAUCAUACGCAACUUUCAGCUAGAUAUUUGAUACUCGGAGGACAGGCGGGGAACAAAGGACGAGGGGAGGCACAGAAAGAAAUUUUAACAAAGAACUUUUACGUAUCUUUGUCCUUUUGAGAAAAAGAGCAGCGCUCACGUGACAGAAUACUUUAACGUACAUCGAGACAUAAAUAAUUUUUCUCGUUUUCACU